CGCGCUCCGUGUUUUACUUUCCCUGGACGAAUAAUACUGCAACCCCUUCGCGCGACCUCGGCACACCGCAAACUAGUAGUAUCUUUAAUAAUAUCGGAUAUAAGAGUAAAUUAACGUUCGUUAAAAUUAAAAAUAGGUAAUCGAGUGUGGAGAAAAAUUAGAGAUACAACGAUAGAUGGGAAUUACGAUCUCAUUGGAAGAUUAUUCGUCUUGAGAAGCACGCUAUUGGAAACGUGAUAGUAGAGUAUCUCUUCUUUGGUGUUACAUGGACAAUGAGAAUCGUUGUAACGUGGAUAUAGUAAAGUGACACGUUAAAGGAAUCAGGUACACCAGAAAUUAUUUUCUUCGUUUGAAUUAUUUCGAUUUAAUUUCGAUCGUUCGAAUUAAUAUUCCAAGGAACGUGGAUUAAUCUGCGCCGCAGUGAAAUACGUGUUCAGCAAAGUACUGGAAAGUUUAUGUAAUUGGAAAAUUCCGGGAACAGUGAACGAGGAUUUCUUAUCGUUUCGGUUAAGCACGAAUGAGUGAAGUGAAAACCUGGGACAACUGGAUAUUCGAUAAAACAUUUUUAUGGAGAAAAUCAAGCGGACGAUCAAAGUAUAUGUGUUGGAAGGAGACGAGUUGGUUUACGGACUGGUUUUCUGGUUUUAUAGUGGAAAAAUAUUGAUAGUUGGUGUUUCGUAUUAGCAAUUGUACGGUGGUUCGAGGAUCGAGCAUGAGUUUGACGGUGGUCCAACUGCUAAUCGGUUUGUAGGUGAAGGACCAUGGCGAACGCUGGUCGAUGGAGCAACACGUCCGUGGAAAAGUGCAGGUAACCAGCGGGUGAACAAAUGGAAGGCGGAAGAGCAAAAAAGGAAUUCCAACGAUGGUAACGGUCGCGUGUUUCCUUGGCAAUGAUUCUCUAGAGAAUCGAAAACGUGUCGAUGCGAUUUUAAAGAGAUAAAUCGAACGGAGUAAAGUGAAAAAACAGACGAGAUAUCGCGCGAUCAUGGGCUCGCUGCCAAAUCUUCACGAGUUGUCCAAGGACAAACUCGAAAGUCCUGCUUAUAGACCGGCUCCGAUCGGUGGUUUGGGACCCAUACGACUGCCAGCUCAGCCUCCGCCUUUAGCACACACACAUAGACGCGCUAGAAGCAGUGGACACCAUCAUGCCUUGUGGGACAACGAUGCUAUGCUAGAGCAUAUGGCAGCAUAUUCUCCCAUCUCCUGUCGGUCAACGAGGACAUCGGCAUUAUCGUGGCGUCGACGAGACUCGAUGAAUUCAUCGGCAGGAGCGUCGUCCGUUCGUCGAUUGAUCGCCGCCGUAAGGGCAGCUCCUUCCGGUCCUAGACCACCGAAGAAAGCCAUUUUGAGGCACUGUGCUGCUCUUCUGUUAGGACACGCGAGCUGUUCAGCCGCUACGCUGCCGAUAUUCCCAUUACAAGCCGGCCUCGGCACCUUUAAUCCUCAACUAGGACCGAUGUUGCUCGCUCUACUUUACGCAAUCGCGACGAUUACAAGUUGCUUCGCGCCAAUCCUCGUACAGAGAUUCGGGACGAACCUCGCCAUAAGCUCUAGUCACGUGGCUACCACUAUUUUCGUGGGAUUGCAUUUAUAUCCAAAGUGGUACAUAUUAUUACCUAGUUACGCGAUGCUCGGUGCUUGUAUGAGUCCAAAUUUCAUAGCAAGAGUUUCACAUGUAAAUGCUUCAGCGACGAGUUUAGCUCUGGUGUGCGUCGAUCCCGAGGAUCCUGACGAAACAAGACGCGAGUGCCUUCUAAGAAGACUUAAUCGAGGAAUCAAAUUAGCAGAAGACAUAGGUCUCGCACUGGGUUGUUUAAUCGCUGCCAUACUUGUAAAAUUAACAGACUUGGUACCUCUUAAUACAAUAAGCAGUGAGAUAAAUGACAAGUGUGGAGCAGAGUACUGUCCAGAAGAAAUUUAUCUAUAUAAUAGCACAAUUAAUUUACCUACAUUAUCAUCUGGUACAUCACAAAUAUUGGUCAGCAUAUGGCUGGGUCUUGCUGUAUUAGGAUUAGGUAUAUCGUGCGCUUUUCUCGACUCUCGAAUGAAGGAACCACAGAAUGUAAAUGAAAAGCACAGCAUUCAAAAUAUUCUGCAAUCUGUGAAAGCUGCGUUCCUAGAUCCUAAAUUACAGUUAGCUGCACCAUUGACACUUUUCAUCGGACUUGAACAGGGUUUCAUCUAUGCUGAUUUUAUAGAAGCAUACGUAGUCUGCGCCCUGGGAGGAGCUAGCACAGUAACGAUCAGUUUUUUAGCGCUAGCUUCCUUGCAAGCUCUUGCUGAUGUCACCCUAUCAAUGUUACUACGACAUAUUAAAAGAUAUUUCGUCGUAGUUGUAGGAUUUGUAUUCCAUGCAUGUUUACUGCUGGUCUUGAUCACCUGGAGACCAUCUGGCGAUGACCCAGCACUUUUUCACGUUAUAUCUGCUGCCUGGGGAGUCUGCAACUCUAUUUGGGAAACUCUAAUAUACACUCUGGUAAUGGGUUUAUACCCAAACUCUUGGCAAGGACCUCUAUCGACGUCCCUCUUCUGGAAAUGGCUUGGUCUUGCACUUACUCUUGGUUUACACGGACUGGUCUGCACACGACUUAGAGUACUUGGUCUUUCCGUUGUGCUAAUUCUCUCAGUGCUUCCUUACGCAUGGUUAGAGAUUAGACUGGCCAAAAGAGGGAAAAGUUUGGCACCAUUGUGACUGGGAGAUCCAACUACCAAUGAUCAUGGAUCAAAUAUCAAAACAGAGGCACGUUAUAGAGAUUGAGAUAAGUUCGUUCCAUUCGGCUUAAGAAGGACAAGAAGACACAACAGAAACAGAAAUCCUUUCAUAGAACAAGCUGCAACUAUGACAAAAUUGCGCACGCGACGAAGAGCAAACAGCGUUGUUUUUACUUGUAAUACUAAACAAAGUGUAAACGCAAAAGAUACUGAGCCUCAGCCUUCUUCUUCGACUGCAGAUAAUCAUAGAGCGAGUAUCACAAAUGAGGAAAGUAGUGUUCUUCCUGUCUCUUAAGGCUAAACCUUUUGGAAGUUUGCAAUAUCUUUCAUUUAAAUGUUAUAAUCUGAGCUAAAGGAACGAUUCUGAAUUUUACAAAUUUAACUAUUUUCUUGCGUGUUUUUUUUUUUUUCUUUAAGCGUUUUACAAUUUGAACUCUGUAAUAUAACCAUAAAAUUUAACUAUAAUUUGCAAUAGAGAUGAAUGUAUGAUGAGUUUUUAUACAUGCAGAUAUUCUUUUAUACAGAACGUUUAAAAUAUAUUAUAUGUUCCUACAAAGGAUUAUUAUAGUUUUAUAUGUAACACAAAAAUUAAGGAAAACACAAGAAAAAUUAAUAAGAAUAUAUUCAUCAAAAAGGUAAUCAAAAAACUUGAAAAAAGGGAAAAUUUACACCUUACAUUUUCCAAUUUAAGUUAAAAUCUGGGUACAUUUCAAUCAUUUCACAAGAUGUAUUAAUAACGAAUAAUAAUGAAUCUGUGUACCUAGUUAAAUUGUAUUUCAAAUACAAUGUAUCAAAUACUGGGUAAAUUAAAGUCUUUCUUCAAGCUGAAUGGAACGAAGAGCAUAUUAUACAUGAAAUUUUUCAUGCAGCAAAAGAUAUAAGUAAAUAAAUACUUUUGCGGACAAUUUCUUAAUCCGCCACGGUACGAUCGAUAAACCGGCAUCGUACAAGACUGAGCGAUAGCAGAAUAUAAAUAAUUAACGAUCGAAUAUACUAAUCAUAGUAGUAUCUUUCUGACAAAUCAUUAUAACUGACGUUUAACCGUCGAAACGUACCUGAUGUCUUUCAAAAAAAACCAAAUUAAUUUUAAUCUUGCGAAAAUAGAAAAAAAGGAGAUUGUAAACCACGUCUGCCCUGUGUUACAGAAUCGAAAUGAAAAUCUAGCUAUAAGAUACUUGAACGUAAGUACAGCUAUAACAUAGUUCGAUUCUAAUUCUACUACAAUUAAUACCAAAGUUUAUCAUUCACACGAGAAAAUAAAUUAACAUAAGAAUUCGUUGUACAAAUGAAACGUUUUUUUUUUUAUUAAAAAGGAAUAUCUUAAUUUAGAAAAAAAGAAAAAAAUAAUGCUUCAACGAAAAAGCCAAUACUACUCUAUUUAUCAAGCUAAAGCAUAAAGUAUCACUGAUUAUGAACUUCAAAGGGAAUCGAAUAAUCCUAAGUCAAUAAUUAAUUAAUUAAUAACAUUAAAAAGAUAAAUGUUAAUGAAACCUUUUUCCAACAUACAAAAUUUCUCCUAUUUUUCUGUAUUAUAAAAAUGUUAUUUGUUACUUCGCUAAUUAUAUUUGAAAGGAUGAAAUUGUAGCACACGUGAUCCAUUCUGUCCUGUACAUAACGACCAAAUAAGUGUAAUACGUAAAAUGCUCGAUAUUUAUCGUAUUUUUUACCACGUUAUCUUUCAACGUAUUCACCAUAUCAUGAAUGUACAUUUAGUUACGCUUCUUAUAGGUAUCUUUUCUGUAUAAAAGCUAUAACUUGUAUAAUUCCAUGAAAUAAUACAGAGUUGCAUUUUAUUGAUAAAUUUUAAACUAAGGACAUUGUAAUAUUGAUAUAUGAGAGGAACUUUAAAUACAAAUUAACACAUGUUAUCUUGAAUAAUUGUUACAAAAGUAAAACAUCGACACAUGUUUGAUGGUAAUUUAGCAGAUAGGUAUUUAUAUGAGAAUAUUUCAUAAUUUAUAAAAUUAAGAAGAGACACGAAUAGCCGGACUAUUUGUAAGUUUACCAUGAAAGAUUUUCAAGCGCAAUGUCGCUUUUCUUGUUGCCAUAAUUUCCGAUUGUAUGACUGAUAAUUUGUAUUAAUUCAUGCAUAACGCAUUCAAACCAAAACAUAACCAAAUUAAUUCAUAUAAUAGUAUCAUAUUUGUAUGUAUACCGAUAUAUUUUGCAAUCUUGAAAUAAAUUAUAUAAUUAAUUAAGAAUCCGUAUAAGCAGAGAUAUUAGAACAAAAGAACACUUUGGAAAGUGUUGAAAAAAUACAAAGGAAAGAGAUUUGUUAAUUGUUGCAAAGACUAGGACAAGAAACGCUACUUCCAAAACCAGUGAGAAAUUCAAUAUAAAAAUCUUUAGCAAUAAAUUUGCUCAUUUUGAUUCAAAUAAGAAUUCCUAAAUAUUUGAACCGAACUUAUGUUACGGUGAAUACUAUAAUAGAAGAAAACAAAUGGAAGCGAAAUGUAUCCUGUCCUAGUAUACAAGCAUGGAUUUAGAAAUGGUACUGGAGAGGCAUAUAUUAACUGUAUUUCGUGAAAUAAUAAAUAUUAUCUUAUUUUA